UCCGGCUCUGAGUCCUCGGCGGCCAGAGACAAGAUGAAGCUGAAACGGUUUUUGCUGCGAUAUUACCCGCCGGGCAUUAUUUUGGAAUAUAUUCAAAGUGGUGAAGUGAAAACCAAAUCCAUAGAUUUACUAGAUCUCAAUACUGCAACAGAUGUAGAAGCCUUGGUAGAAGAUAUUAGAAAAGCAGAACCUCUCAUCACACAGUCACGGAAAGAUCAGGUUAUACAUUUAAUUCUACGAUUACAAGAGAAGCUAGGACAACAAGUGGACCACAAGUUCUAUAUUUUUAAGGUACUUCGAGCACAUAUAUUGCCACUCACCAAUGUUGCCUUUAACAAAUCUGGUUCUUGCUUUAUCACUGGAAGUUAUGACCGAACAUGCAAACUGUGGGAUACAGCAACAGGAGAAGAAUUACGUUCUCUGGAAGGCCACAGAAAUGUGGUGUAUGCAAUUGCUUUCAAUAAUCCUUAUGGUGACAAGAUUGCUACUGGAUCAUUUGACAAGACAUGCAAAUUAUGGAGUGUAGACACAGGAAAAUGCUAUUAUACUUUUAGAGGACACACUGCAGAAAUAGUUUGCUUGUCAUUUAAUCUUCAAAGCACACUAGUUGCAACUGGAAGCAUGGAUACUACAGCUAGACUAUGGGACAUACAGAAUGGAGAAGAAGUAGUCAGAUUAACAGGACACUCUGCAGAGAUUAUUGCAUUAUCGUUUAACACCACAGGAGACAGAAUCAUCACAGGUUCUUUUGACCAUACAGUUGCAGUAUGGGAUGUUAGCACGGGCAGGAGAAUGCAUACUUUAAUAGGCCAUCGUGCGGAAAUAAGCAGUGCACAAUUCAACUGGGAUUGUACUCUGGUAAUCACUGGAUCUAUGGACAAAACAUGCAUGCUUUGGAAUGCUUUGACAGGCAAGCGGGUGGCAACCUUAACAGGCCACGAUGAUGAAGUAUUAGAUGUUUGUUUUGAUUAUACUGGCCAGCGUAUAGCAAGUGCCUCAGCUGAUGGAUCAGCAAGAGUGUAUGAUGCAGAAACAAAAAAAUGUAUUGCAAAACUUGAAGGUCAUACAGGAGAAAUUUCAAAGAUCUGUUUCAAUCCUCAAGGAAGUCGUAUUCUUACAGCCAGUUCAGAUAAGACAGCUCGACUUUGGGAGCCUAAGACAGGACAGUGCAUUCAAAUAUUGGAAGGCCACACUGAUGAGAUAUUUUCCUGUGCUUUCAAUUAUAAAGGGAAUAUAAUUAUUACAGGAAGCAAAGAUAAUACAUGUAGGAUAUGGCGCUAAUUGAGGCAAAGACUGACCCAGUUUUCUAGCAAUUUUAAUUCAAUGUUUUUAUAUAGACCUAACCUUCAAAAAUCUACUUUUUGAAUCUGUGUUUUUUUACUCUUUCUGUAGCAGAAUUAUUUCCUGGACUUA